CUGUCAAUCAUUGUCACGGAUUACGUCAGACCCUGACGUCGAGCUAGACUCCGCCUCUUCAAUGCGUGGAUACAGGAAAUGAGCGAUCGAGAGAGGCACAGAGAGGAUACAUAAUCAAAACAAACAGACAAAAAGCCUGGAUUUGAAAACCUAUUGAAUAAAACUGGAUUAAAACUCCCGGGAAAGAAAAUGAGCUGGAUUCCCUUCAAGAUUGGCCAGCCGAAAAAACAGAUUGUUUCGAAGACGGUGGAGAGAGAUUUUGAAAGAGAAUAUGACAAACUUCAGAAAUUGGAAGAUCAAACCAAGAAGCUUCACAAAGACAUGAAGAAAAGCACAGAGGCGGAUACAGCCAUGUCCAAGUCGGCAGUGAAGAUCUCAUCAGACCUGCUGUCCAACCCCCUGUGUGAGCAGGACCAGGCGUUCCUGGAGUCCAUGACUGCGGUGGACACAGCAAUGCGCAGGAUGGAUGCCUUCAACCAUGAGAAGGUCAACCAGAUUCAGAAGACUGUCAUUGAUCCACUGAAAAAGUUCAGCAGCGUGUUCCCCAGCCUCAACAUGGCAGUGAAGCGCAGAGAACAGGCUCUGCAGGAUUACAAGCGGCUGCAGUCCAAGGUGGAGAAGUACGAGGAGAAGGAGAAGACUGGGCCCAACAUGGUCAAGCUGCACCAGGCCCGUGAGGAGCUGAGGCCGGUGCGAGAGGACUUUGAGGCCAAGAACAAGCAGCUCCUGGAGGAGAUGCCCAGGUUCUACCACAGCCGCAUUGACUUCUUCCAGCCCAGCUUCGAGGCUCUGAUCCGGGCGCAGGUGGUGUACUACACAGAGAUGUACAAAAUCUUCGGGGAGCUGACGGAUCAGAUCGACCAGUCGGGUCUGACGGACGAGCAGCGGGAGCGCGAGAACGAGGCCAAGCUAAACGAGCUCCGAGCGCUGUCCAUCGUCGCCGAUGACUGAGGAAGGAGCGGCUGUUAGCUCUGAGUGCACUGUGAAGUGUUGUGGAGAAACACAAUGAACUGUUGCCUUCUCUCUCUCUCUCUCUCUCUCUCUCUCUCUCUCUCUCUCUCUGAUCGAAUGUCUAAGGGAUUUAAAUUGGUGAGGAGCAGUAUACGGUACAGGGUGGUUCAGCUGUCCAGGUAAUGGGUAAUCCUGGGGCAGUGUGUGGCUCUCUGCUAUGGCAUCAUUUGUAGAAAAGAUAUGAAGCUAUUUGUCCUUGAUGGUGGCAUUAUGCACUAGCUGGCAUUCUCUUCAAAACAUACAUGAAUUAUACAUUAACAAAUGCAGGGCUGUUCUAAGACAAGGUAUUUGCUCCAGUUCACCAGUUGUAUCCUUACGUUUUAUUUUUUUAAUGGAAUAUCAAUCUGGUAUUCAUUCAAAUGUCUAAACGUCUCUGUGCCUUCCUGUGACAUCACAUAGAAAUCUCCUUUUGAAUUACAGAAGCCUUCCAAAAAAAAGCAAGGCGGCAGCGCCUUCUAGUGGCUUGAAUGGCAAACAGCUCCUCUUUAUGGAGAUCAGCACUUUAAAACGAUCCAAACCCCUUUCCCGAAGACCUGUAACCCAAAUAGCUCAGUCCCAAACACUACACAACACUACCGCUGCCCUUUAAAACUGCUGUAAUUAUUGCUCCCCACUCCCUUUUAAAAUACAUCGGAGCAUAAGGAAGGCGGGAGGCUUUGAUAAUGUUGCGGCUCGCUUCUGGGUAGAUGUUCUGGCUUUUCUUGUGUUUAAUAGAAGUCUAAAGCUUCUUCUUUAAGUUCAUGGAGGGAGUGUGUUUAUCAGUGAGUGUUUUUUCUGUUUGUUUGUUUUGUUUUUAUGAUUACUCGGAACUCUAAAUGAACUUCCUGUGACGAAGGGUCGUCUGUGAGUAUUAAUCAGUUUUAUGGCUCCAAAUAGUUUUUUUUGUUUUUUUUCUGCUACAGCUCUGGCCAAAAGUUUUGCAUCUCCCUGUAGAAUGAACUCAUGUUGCUUCAUGAAGUCGAAUUAAUAUUGUUAUUUAUUUCUUAGCAGACGCCCUUAUCCAGGGCGACUUACAAUUGUUACAAGAUAUCACAUUAUUUUUUACAUACAAUUACAUUAUUUUUUACAUACAAUUACCCAUUUAUAUAGAAACCUGAAUAAUGUCACAUUAACAUAAUUGUAUUCCGCUUUGUAGUUUUCACAAAUGAAAAACUGACAAAAAUGGGGAAAAUGUGACAUUUCGAAAUCUAACCUCAAAAUUCUGCUAUUCCAAUUCGGUAGACUUUUUGCGAUAUCAUUUUCUAGUUUCUUUGAUUACAUGAUGUUAAAUAAAAGAUCUAAAUUAUGUUCAUAUAGUCUUUUUUUUUUUAAUUCUGUCUCAAUCCUAAAAUUCUAGGUGAUGCUAAACUUUUGGCCAGAGCUGUACAGUUCUGCAUUGUAAUGACCAUUCCAGCUCAGUAUUGAGUGCAGGUAUUUCCUUCCUUCGGGGUUUCAGCAAGGCUGCGGUACUGUAGUGAAAAUCCCUGUACAUAUACCCAGCACUGCCCCCGAAGGGGGUCUCCACCGUGGGGACAGCCCCCUGUGUAAAUGCAACACUAACGUCCUUUGGCAGCUUUGUCCCACAUGCGGCUGAAUGAACCUAAUGUAGCAUAAACCGUGAUUUAUCUAAUUUACUGUUCAUCCCUCUGGUUCAGUUUAAGCUUUUGUGAGUUGUUAUGAUCCAUGAUCAAUUCAGAUGUGUGUUUGUUAACAUUGUUAUCAUUGUAAAAUGAUUAAAGUUUUGCCAGAAUGUAUGCAAUAAAAUGAUCACUUGUA